AUGUUAAUACGUCUUGAAUUUCCAAAUCUAAUUCAAUUUUCACCAUCCUUUCCCCUUCACAGCCAACCGAUCAAGUGCGGCGACACCAUCCGGCUGCACCACCUGUCGACGAACAAGAACCUACACUCGCACCACUUCCAGAGUCCGCUGUCCGGCAACCAGGAGAUCUCCGCCUACGGGGACGACAAGGGCAUCGGUGAUUCCGGCGACCACUGGCUGGUGGUGUGCUCGGGCGAUUCCUGGCUGCGGGACACUCCGGUCAAGCUGCGCCACGUGGACACCGACGCGUACCUGUCGAUCUCGGGCCGCACCUUUGGGCGUCCCAUCAACGGCCAGUUCGAGGUGGUUGGCAUCAGCAAUCCCUACUCGGGAACCGACUGGACCGCGGCCGAGGGACUGUUUAUCCAUCCGGCGGAGGGCGAGAGUGGCGAGCCGCGUCACACGGAGCUGUAGAGACUGAGCCGAACUUGUAGAACAAAUUUCAGCGA